AUGCAGCAGCAGCAGCAAUUUAUGCAGUAUUUGCAUUCCGGAUACGCGCCUCAGGUGGCCACGUACCAGUUAGCGAUGAAGGGAGAGGAGGAGGAGGAGAACACCGAGAACCAGUCUAAGCUGGAGGAUCUUCUGUCUCGUCACCAGAACUCAGAGCAGGCCGUGUACUACGACCCAUCCGUCUGGCUGUCGACUAGGAGGGGCUCUUCUGUCCUUGAAGCCGCCGACGGACAAACCGGCGUCCUGGAGCCCGGCGCCAAUUUCACCGACCGAGGCUUCCCAGAGCGGCGAACUCGUCUGCAUGGAAAUUUUAGAGCAGGUGGACGAGCCCAUUCUGCCGUACGAGCAGAGCUCCUGAGCGGAGAGGAGACCGUCCGUCUGCCGGGCCUGGCGCGACUGGUUGAGGGAUGA